AUGCAGGCACUUGAAAAGCUCAAAGGGUGGGAUCUUUUAUGGGCCCUAUCCGAGCAAAAUGCAACGCCAGUUGCUCUUUCCGAUCUGUACAGAAUAGGUUGUGACACUUCAUCUAGAACAAGGAUAAAGUUCGGACAAUUUCUCCACCGAGAGCUGGCUAUACGGCUGGCACAACGAGCGGUCGAAUUGUCAAGACUUCCGCAUGGCCUCUCCAAUAAACCGUCCGUCAAGAAUGUGUCGGGUUGGUAUGCCGAGGCUUCAUGUGCAAUCGCAGCAUCGAAGAGACCGGUGGAUGAUGCCUCUGAAGAUGAAUUUACCAAGUUGCUCAAGAGAAUUCUGAGGGACCAUACGGCAGUUGUUCGGGGCUUGGCUCUAGGCUGCAUCGAGCUGAAGCAGGAAGUUGGACCAGAACGAUGGAUGCAGCUGCAAGCAGACAUUGAUCGAGUCCUGACAUCCUUUUACACGUCUCGUAUCGGAGUCCGUUUCUUGAUGGAGCACCACAUAACUUCGAAACAGCACGUAGAGGGUUACAGCGGUAUUUUAGCCAAGGCGUGCAGACCAGAUGACAUAGCAAGGAAUGCAGCGAUGGAUGCGAUGGAUCUCUGCUACAGCUUCACGGGAGCCUCACCAAAAGUGAACGUAGUUUGCAAGAAUCCUCAUCCCAUGAUCACAUAUGUCCCUUCUCACAUACAUUACAUGUUAACAGAGUUGCUCAAGAAUUCCGUGCGAGCUGUUGUUGAUACACAUAAACAAACGUCGCAGAAGCUGCCAGAAGUCACAGUAGUGGUUGCAAAGGGGGAGGAGGACAUUACCAUCCGAGUGUCAGACGAAGGAGGUGGAAUCCCGCGAUCACAAAUGACCACAAUGUUUUGCUUUCUACAUACAACUGCAGAACACCCAGAAACACAAAGCUCGGAAAGGAUGUUUGGAAACCCAGGGCAGAUGAGAGCAACGAGUCAGAAUACGCCUGUUUUGGCAGGUUGGGGUGUAGGCUUGCCAUUGAGUAGAACUUAUGCUCGAUACUUUGGGGGAGAUCUAGACAUCAAGAGUAUGGAAGGCUAUGGGACGGAUGCCUACCUACAUUUGAAUGUCCUUGGCGACGGUUGUGAGAAUUUGCCCAAGAAGGUUUGGCCCUUGGUGUUGGAACUCCUAUGA